AAACUAAUUUUAAUACAUUAAAUGAAAUUCGUCAUACACAUAUAUUAUCAGAAACCAUUAGACAAAAUUUGUUACACAAAACUAAGUACAAUCAAGGUUUUGGUUAUGCUAAGAAAGCAAUUAAUCUGGCACUUCAAAUAG